AAGCCGCGCCAAGUCGUACCGUCCCCGUCAGGCCGUCUUGGCCGUGCCGCCGAGCUCGUCCGACGGGCCACCAACCCCUCCGCCCACACAGUGGGAUCGAACUACUUCCGUUCGCCCGCUCUCGCUUUGCGUUUUGCUGUGCCCGAGUUUCGGUCCGCCUGCUGGUUGGGGACAAUUUCGGAAGUGCCGUUAUCGUUGUUGUUUCAUUGCUGCGGAAAUAAGCGCGUAGUGUCAGCAUGUCGAGUGCCGGUGAUCAUGGCAGUGCCAACAUGACUGGCGCCUCGUGAAACCCGGCCAACGCAGCCUCCGGCUCGCCCAAAGCUGCAGGAUGAAACAUUAGUUCUCCCAGUGGAAAUGGGAGGCAUGGCAGCCAACUGCUGCUGGUGGUGGGCCGUCUGCUGGCCAGUGCUGCAGAGCAACUGACCACGGAGCCAGGGCCUCGGCGGCGGUCAUGCGCAGGCACCGCCAGGCAGCCCUGCUGUCCCUGGUGGUGGCUGUUCUGGGCAUACCUGCACUGCUGCUGCUCUACCUCGAUGGGAAGAGCCAAGCACCCGAGGACAAUCUACUUGGAUUCACAAAAAGAGAGGCAGUCCUUGCCGAUCGGGUCCGAGAGGUUGAACAACAAAAUCAAAUGUUGCGAAGACAACUCAGCCUAUCACGGCAGCAGCUGAUGCAGCUGAUGCAGCGGGAGGCACACAAUGGCUCCAACGUCAAUCUUCUGCCCUGUCCCACCCGAGGGGGUAGCGAGCUGCCCGAGGUGCCCAAGUGCGAGGUGCUCCAGGUGGCCAUUGUGUGUGCAGGCUACAACGCCUCCCGCUCAGUCAUCACCCUGGUCAAGAGCAUCCUUUUCUACCGCAAGAACCCUCUCCACUUCCACUUCAUCUCGGAUGCCGUGGCACACCUUGUGCUGCAGACACUGUUUAGGAGCUGGAACAUGCCUGCAGUGGAGGUGAGCUUCUACCUAGCCGACAACCUGCAAGGAGAAGUGUCAUGGAUUCCAAACAAGCAUUACUCUGGUGUCUAUGGGCUUAUGAAGCUAGUACUGACCAAGGCUCUGCCAGAUAACCUUGACAAGGUGAUAGUACUGGACACAGACAUCACUUUUGCGUCGGACAUUGCUGAGCUGUGGAGGAUAUUUCACAAAUACACCUCCAAACAGGCAAUCGGUCUUGUCGAGAACCAGAGCGACUGGUAUCUAGGAAAGCUGUGGAAAAACCAUCGACCUUGGCCGGCUCUCGGGCGAGGUUUCAACACAGGUGUCAUUUUGCUGCGACUGCAAAGGCUGCGUGAACGCAACUGGAUGCAAAUGUGGAAGCUUAUCGCCGAAAAGGAACUUAUCAGCAUGUGGUUUACUUCAUUGGCCGAUCAGGACAUCUUCAAUGCUGUGCUAAAGCAGCACACAGAGCUCCUGUUUCGUCUGCCAUGCCAGUGGAAUGUGCAGCUGAGUGACAAUACUCUCAGCGAGCUGUGCUACUCUGAGGUGCAGGAGCUAAAAAUCAUUCACUGGAACUCGCCCAAGAAGCUCAAAGUGAAGAACAAGCAUGUCGAGUUCUUCCGCAACCUCUACCUUACCUUCCUCGAAUAUGACGGCAACCUGCUGCGACGCGAGCUUAUCGGAUGCAACGGCACAACUUCCUCAUCGGCCGGUGUGCAUGCCUCUCACGUGCAGGACGCCUUGAAUCUGUUGGAUGAGGACGACCCCUGCUAUGACUUUAGGAGAGCAAGGGUUGCCCAGCAUCGCACACACCUCUACUACAUUGAAUAUGACUAUGAGCCUUCUCCAGAGGGCAAUGAUGUCACUUUAGUUGCCCAGUUAUCUAUGGACAGGCUUCAGAUGGUGGAAGCAGUUUGCAAACAUUGGGAAGGGCCAAUAAGCUUGGCAUUGUACAUGUCAGACUCUGAAGUCCAACAGUUCCUGAGCUACACCCUGAGCUCGGAGAUUUUACAAAGUCGUAAGAAUGUGGGCUACCACAUCGUCUACAAAGAUGGAACUUUCUACCCUGUGAACAUGCUGCGAAAUGUUGCUCUGCAACAAGUGAACACGCCAUUUGUGUUCCUGACUGACAUUGAUUUUCUGCCUAUGCAUGGCCUCUAUGAGUACCUGAAGCGGUCUGUGUUUGCUUUGGGUCUUGAGUCUUCACGAAAGGCGCUGAUAGUGCCUGCGUUUGAAACACAGAGGUACCGGCUGAGUUUUCCAAAAACAAAGGCAGAAUUGCUUUCUAUGUUGGACAUGGGUACACUGUUUACAUUCAGGUACCAUGUAUGGCAGAAGGGCCAUGCACCAACAAACUAUGCGAAGUGGCGGACGGCUACAACACCCUACCUAGUGAACUGGGAACCCAACUUCGAGCCCUAUGUGGUGGUCAAGAGAGAUGUGCCUGAAUAUGACAAGCGCUUUGUGGGUUUUGGUUGGAACAAGGUUUCCCACAUCAUGGAACUGCACGCCCAGGGCUACGAGUUUGUGGUGUUGCCCAAUGGAUUCAUGGUGCACAUGCCGCAUGCUCCAUCGCUGGACAUUGCCCGCUUCCGGUCAAGCAGCCAGUACCGCAAGUGCCUCUCCCUGCUCAAGAGCGAGUUUGCCAGGGACCUCUCGCUGCGCUAUGGCCGCACUUUUUCGGCCGCACCCGACCGCCGUCGACGCAGGUGAUUGCCCGCCGUUCCCCAUUGCCGCUGUGUCGUGGCCAGGUGCCCCGCCCCUGUCGUCUUUCCGACAACCGAUGCACAAGCCAGUGCUGGUUGUCUCUUCAUGGGAGCUGCUGGCCAAGUUUGGUAAGAGCACGCAAGGAUGUUAGGACCAGGUGGCUCAUUCCUUGAUGGAUUUUCAACUACUUGUAUGCUUUUUGUGUGGUGUGCUCCAUUUUGGUUCUCACUGAGGCUGUGUUUUAAGAUUGAAAGUGUGCUGCUAUUAUUGCAUACUGAAACGCAGAGAGAAAAUAUUUAAAUAGUACCCACUGGUCUGUAGUAUGACAGGCUGGGUAUCAAGGGUAGAGAAAUGUAGUCAUGGUGGCAUGGGAAGAUUAAGCAAGGGAAGUGGCAAAUUCAGAGGUAUGUAUAGGAUGGGCAUGUCUGAUGGAAGAGAAGGUUCAUUCACUUGCCGAGUAUUGGGAGAGGUCUCUGUCCCACAGUGAAGUUCGCCAGUUUUGUGGGGAUGACAAUGGCUGGUCUAACUGCAUUGAGCACCCAUUUCCAUAUGUAACCAGCGAGACUAUCUAGAAACUAGCGAAAAUGAACUGCCACCACGUGGCAACGGGCUGAUAAUCCACUUCACACUGUCACUUAGGUAUUUUCAUCUGGACUAUGUAGGUUGACUUGUAACUUUGCUGACACAUGGCAUCUUGCUCACACUUCAGUCAAGGUUCAAUGAGUUUCAUUCACACAAAGGAGUGUCAAACAGCAACAGUAGUCUGCAGAUUGUCAUGGACUGUGUACUCUUAGCAUUGUUAACAAUUAUUGGCCUGCACUCAAAAACCGGAAGGUCUUGAAAUGUCUUGCUUGAAACUUGGGAUGUAAUUAUGUGCAGCCUUUGUCAAAAGAAACGAGGCCACUAAGAGCAUGAGUGCUGCGGUCUUGGCUGUUUAAUGGUACGUCCUUCAAACUCCUGGAUCUAAAAAAGCUGAGGAAGUUGAAAAUGCUUCAGUAUGCGUAUGUUAGCUCACUGCUCUAGUUUUAUCUCCACACAGAAGCACUGCAUGGCUGUAAACAGGGUCAUCUGCCUAUGCUAAGAGGUUUGUGCAUUUGGUUUGUUCUUGUGUGCUCUUAUUGAACUUGCCAACUUCUGUGCAAGUGCUGUCUCGUCCCAAACUCAUCACAGCAGCUUCUUUAGACAAUGCAGGUUCUGUAGACUGAGUUCAAGCUAUUAAAUCCGCACUGUGUGUAGUGACUACAGCAACUUGAAAGUCAAACAGCAUCAUUGCUUUUGUACCUUCUCCUUGCCUAUGUUAGUGUCAUCGUCAUACUGAAUCAUGCUUCUUUCGAAUAUACAAAAUGCUAACCAAGGUAGGUGAAAGUUAACGAAGGAGUGCCAGCUCAUUUUUAUUUUAGAUACCCUCUUCCUUGGCCAGUGCAAUAUGUCUUUCUUUCUUUAUUUUUUUUUGAUAAUUUAGUAAUUAUCACAUCUGAAGAUGUAAUAAUGACACUGCCAGACAUUCUUUAGGAGCCUCUGCAUCAAGUUUUACGACUUUGAGGACUAAUUUUAAUGUGACACACUUUGGAGUUUUCACUUAAUAGGUGCUAUGAAAAGGUGCACUGAAUACAUCAGAUAAUAAAGGCGCACAAUACAUGCCUACCUCUACUUGAUGCAAUCUUCCUGUUUAAAUUUAUGUAAUGUCAUGAUUUGCAAGAUGUGCAAGAUUUCUUCACGUACACAGAAACUCACUAAAGAAUUCACAAGGGCAAGAAAAGGUUCCUUGUGCUGUCAAAUUUUAUUUUACCAUCAGAACGUUUUUUAACUGUUCAUGAGAAAUAUGUCAUAAAAUUUAAUUGCCUUUAUUGAGGCAUCCAUAUUGGCUACCAUCAUUCUGAUGCUGGGUGAUGAAUCAUUGUUAUUAGCCUGAAAUUGUCUUAAGCUUAAGCAAGGGGGCAAAAAGAUACAGAUGUUUAAAAGUGCUUACUAUAUUUACUUGAAUAUAAUGCGCACCUUCUUCCCAAGAAAAUGGGUCCAAAAAUUGCCUACACAUUACAAUCGAAUAUGAAAUCAAAACCUUGUUCGUGGCGUUGGUAACAGAUUACCGUCAGAGCCAUCAAGCGAAGUGUCGUCGCUUGAUGGUGAUGGCAACAGAGCAAGUUUUCGUGAAGAUAGUUGUGAGUUCAAUUUGUGCUCAACUAUGAUUUACUGUCAAUCACUUUUGGAGAUAACAUCACUUUCACAAGGUUUCAUGUGACUCAGCACCAGAUGUGCCGUUUUAUACAGCCGCAAGUGUUUCUGGCACUAUGCCAAGCUCACUAUCUGCGCAUAGUGCCAGGACCGCUGUCGGUUGCAUGCCUCGACAAGUGUGAUGCAGAGUCUCGUUAAAGUGAUUCUAGUAGUAUCUUGUGAAAGGGAUCACUGGAGAAUAUUGCGCCUGUGUGCUUGGUAUCUGUAACCAAUGAAGUGUAUAUGGCAACGUCGUCACAAAAGCUCUUCUCUUUUUUUUUAAUUCCUCCUGCGAAGCAAAAUUCUGCAUGUGUAGUACUUUUUCUGACCGCAAACGUGGGGGGUAUGCUAUAGUAUUUUUCUUUUAUAGAUCAGGGGCAUGUUACAUUCAAGUGCACUUUUAUUUUCGUACUUAAUCCCGUGAAAAUUGGGUGCGCACGUUAGAAUCGGGUAAAUAUGGAUCUAUAUAUUUGUUUUGAAUGACUUGGGGAAGUUUAAGUAUUGCUAGUACUUGAGUAUGACAUGUUGCUGCACACAGUGCUACUCAUUCACAUGAUUUUUGUUUCAAUUACAAAUUUGAAGACAUGGCAAAAGGUGAAGAGAACCACCAAAUGUGCAGAAUCACUUUUUUUUUAAUAACAAGUCGCCUUGCACUUGUUAGCAGGGCAAUUUUCUAUCAAAAGUGUCCCCAGUGUACAUUGAUGAUGUGGUUGAUUAACUCCAGUAUGCUUUAAACGUGCAUCAAAACCCUAAUCUAUGCGCUUAAAUGCUCAGUUACGCACAAACAUAAUUGUUUUUAAUGCACAUGGAGUGUUGAAGAAUUUGUGGCUGUGGCAAUAACUACCACUAUCAGUGGAACAGAAACACUACUUUGCUUGAAAUGACCAAGCGCCACUUAGGUCAAGCAAUCCCGUCCAUCCAACAGGCUUUAUGGAGAGUUGCAAAUGAAAUGCCGAAGGGAAGAGGUUUGUUCUGGCAUGUACCUUCAUAAGGGUGGUCGUUAAAAUUGAUUUCAUCCAGAAAAUGCUGUAGCGGUACUUAAAUAUUGCAUGAUAUACUUACUGUAUUAUUUAGCUCACAAUGGCAUGGUUGCAUCUGAAACAUGUAUACUAGCAUGCCAUAAGUAACUAAGCAUGGGAAUCAACCGCACUGUUGACUUUCUUCUAACAAAUGUCAACAUCAGCAGUUAUGAGGUUGUAAAAUGGGCCAAUCAUGUUCAUUUGCAUGUGCAUUUGUUUGUCAAGCUUUGGUUCACAGCACAAAGUGAAAUUUAAAAAAAAAAGUGUUUCUCUUUGACUUCAAGAAUUUCAGAAAAUUCUUAUCAAGAUCACGUGGAAAACUUUGAAGGGACACUAUAGAGAAACACUAAAUCAGUACUGCAUUUUCGUCAGUCUUUGACAAGUGAAUUAGCAAAAGACACAAUGAAGGUCAAAGAUAAUUUUUUUUAAUUUCGCUCUGAAACCCUACCUUUGUAAGGUAUGACGUCAUGAAUUUCAAAAUAUUUUCUCAUGUUUGGGCCGUUAUGGUGCAGUAAAGUUCUUGAAGCUUCCCAAGUUCAAUAUUUGGUUCCUAUAGAAUAAAAUGUAGUCCCUCUUUAGUGACAAAACAUUUACUAAUCUCAAGCCGAUGCCAUCAAAUUCAUGAUGUCAUGGCAAGCUGGUGUGGGAACAUCAAGGCGUCGUUGCCAACCAUCUUUCAUUUUUGUGUCUAGGAAGGUAAUUUAAAUUUACUAAUACAGCUCAAAAUAUAUUUUCCCUUUAGUGCCCCUUUAAGUGUAUCCAGGAUUUGAGUGCUUGUAAUUGCUGUUUACAGUUGUUCAAUCAUUGCCACAGCAAGCUUUUUUUUUUUUUUUCUUAAAUCUUAUUGCAUUUUGGCAAUUCGUACAGACCAGACAGCUGCAGCUCAUGUUCGUGCUUUUGUCAAGCAUUGCCCAACUUAAAGAAGGCAUCAUUACCUUGCAUGAGUACGGUUUCAUGUAGACCAAGUCGACCUUAGAAGUACAGCCGAAAAGUUUUCACCUUGAAUAAUAGUAGCACAUUACUUUGAUAGUAUUCCUGAAAACCAGUUCUGGUAUGAAAUUAAUAAGCAUUUUUACUCCAUUUUUGGAUAGUGAAUGUGCUGAAUGUCAGUUGUUGUGAAUGUCAGUGGAACGUGAGUAGGUUAAACCUAAAACUUGCAAAUACAUGGGCUUUCAUGGUUGUUUACACAGUGCUGGAUGUUGGCUGCUAUAGUAGCUGCAUGAAAUCAACUUUCCAAUUAGAUGAUUUCAUUCACUUUUGUUUUCGUGGACCACUUUUUUUCAUAUUUCGGCAUGUGCUUAUCAAGUUCAAGCAGUCAAAACAUUUUUGUCACAUUUAAAUUAUCCGGCAGCACCAUACAUUGCAAGAACAGUGUAUGCCACCAGUAAUUUUUAUUUUGUUGUUGUUGUUGGGGAUGUACAAUUAUAUUCACACUUCUAUGUGCAUAAGCGUACUCCCCCCCCCUUUACUCACACAAAUCACCCUCACUAAUGAUGCCUGAAUACUUUUCUUUUAUUUUUUUCCACCCCGAUCUUGGUUUUUCUAAACCUUAUCUGCGCUGACCUGUCUAAAAAAAAGGAAGCAUAUGUAAAAAGCUCUUAUCUUGAUGGAGGAGCACAGUGCCUUCAUCCUGCCAAUAUUUUGCUUUCUUCUAAAGUAUUGGUACUGCUUGUCCUUUGCUAGGAGCUUUUUGAAAGUGAUUGUUCCUGUGUGCAUUAGUCCACAGGCUACACUAUCUGACUAGAACAAAGGAACCUAUUUGUUUACAUCAAUCUGUAAGUAUCGUUAUCUGCCCUCACCACUGUGUCAUAUAUUGGCCAUCCGUAUUGUGAUUCUUGAUAAGGGAUGUGUAUUUGAAAAAAAAAAUUGUUCCUGCUAUUUUUGUUAACACACUUAGUUGGGCAUAAUGUUAGUAUGCUUAUAUGUAUGGAUUUUUUUUUUUAGUCUUCAUAAGUAGCUCACAAUAGUUCCUAUGAUUUUAGUCUCCAUCUCCGUGUACUCAGAGUAGUGCAUGUUCCAGACAAUGAACGUGCUCUGAAACUGAGGCGCACCUUUCGUGGAGAAAGUGGUUUAGCACACUUGAGUUUGUUUCAAGGCUUCGCACCUUUGAAUGCAAAAAUGUGAGAGAGUGCGAAAUAGAUACUAGUAUGUGAAUUAUGCUUUUGGGUGAAGUUUGCACUUGUUUUUACAACAUAGUUUGAGUGGUUCAUUUUGCUACAAAAUGUUACGGGGUCUUUCUUUUUGUUCUCUGUUGAAAAUGUAUUUGUUUUUUUUUCUGUUUUUUUUUUAACAUUUGCACCUGUGCCAUCGCAACUUGUUACAAGGCAGCUGUUGGUGCUCCAUGCAAAACUCCCAUCCACAAGGUAUUAUAUUUAAGUUGGUGAUUACAGAGUGACAGGCUCAACAUUGCAGCAGCACUACUGAACAUGUGACUUUUGAGCCUAUGCCUAAAUGCACUCACAUGGUACAGAGGAUGAGAAGAAAGUUUAAUUGAUUGUCAACAAAUUGUCAACAAAGUGUCAUAAAUUGUGGCCUCUUCUUGUUUUCUGGAGUUGGAAAAUGGCACUCAUUGUUUGUGCACAUUAUAGCCAUCAAUCACCCUGUGGCAAUGCUGUUAAAGUCUUGAGUUGCAUUUAACAUCCCUGCCAUGUACAGUUUCAAUCCUCAUUUUUUCAAGUCCUCUUGCAUCGAACGUUCGAGCGCAGUCAAAGGAGGAGAAUGAUCAAAUGUACCAGCUUUGAAGUCACCCAUGCUUGAACAAAAUGUGAAGCAGUGCUCAGACUCCAUUGAGUUCGACCUGCAUUGACUCAAGCACACUCGGAUGUGCCAUGUGACAGGAGUAUUAGACAAGCAUCUCAUAUGUAUUAGCUUCUAAAAUUGCUCAAAUCGAGCAGCAAAUUAAGUUUGCGCUCAAGUUAUCAUUUGAAAGUGAAAAAUUUUAGUACCAUAUUUACUGUGGAAUCUCAUUGAUACAGGUAAAAUGUCAACAAAAACAUACACCUAUAAGCAUAUACAUACAAACAUAUAUCGUGAAGAAUUUAUGAUCAAGGGUCAUAAUUCAAACGGGUAAUUUGCUAUGUUAUCUUGAGCAAGUUGUAAACUUGGAACGAAGCAGAAGUAUCAGUGAGGCUGUGCCAUACAUCUGGUAGCUGAUCAAAAUUUUAAUUGUGCUAUUUAAUGCACCAAGUGCAUACUUAUAGGAAUGAAGAUGCACUGAUGCGCAAAUUCCAGCUGCUUGUUGAUUGAAAGUGUGGCCAUGGCAGUUCUUUAUAUGGCUCAGAAAGGGUAAAUACAAUUGACACAUGAAGUGAACAGAAAAUCACAGAAUAUCAAUUUGCCAAGUGCGACAAUGUCAUUUUAUUGUACCAGUGCUGCGGACCAGAUGCAAAAGAAGAGGGAGAUUUUACCUUUGAUUUUCUCCGCUUAUGGCCAACCUUUUUCUGCCAAAUAAGUGCAUAUGGAGUCCUGAAAAAUGUUUCACCAGGGUAAACCAGCUUAGCAUUGCUUUUUAACAUCUUUUUAAUAAUACUGUUUUGAGAGUGUUGCACUUGGUGUGGUGUUGACUAAAAAAGAAAAAGACAUUGUUGUGUUCUAAGGCUGCUGAAUUUGAACUGACAAUCAGAUUUUGCCAGCUCCCUUAAUAUACAGGAAAAUAAAUUAGUGAAUCACCAGCAUCUGAUAAACAUAAUUAAACAGUUUUUCAUUACAGCUUAUUUUGAUGGACAUGUGAUUGGGUAAAACAAAAGCAGCUGUAGUCUGUAAUGCCAAGCAUCAACUCUGCAUGUCAUCACAGCGUGUAUUUUCCUGGCACCCCGUUGUCCGUGCAGUUUUUGUAUUUUUGUGCCAAAAUGCUCGGUCUGCAUGUGUUGAAAGAGGUAGCAUCUAUCUGCCAGGAAAGCCGCUCCUAUUUUCGUUCCAAAAAAUAUUAAGUCCUAAAUAGCUUGAUAGACUAGCUUGAUGCAUCAUUCUGAAGUAUUGAAUGUGUACAGUUCUUGGCUGUCAUUAGAAGUGCCCUUUUGUGGGUAGGCCGGAUAUCUGCACAGGCUCGAAUGGCUGCCGACGGGCCGAAACGAUGCAGCGGUUGACUUGCUGUUUCUGUGUUUGUUCUCAGUUACCUUGCAGUAAAAGCAUUACUUAUGCAGGCUUAACGACAGCAACAUUUUGGAAAGCGUUGUACGGGUGCCAAAGUGAGCAUUUUGCCACUUAGAUUUGCAUUGUCUAUAACUGUAGAAGAAUUCAUGUUAACUGCUUUUUGUGUAGUAUGGCACAAUAAUUUCUCAUGGUCAGGAGAGUGCACUAGCUGCAUAGAAUUCUCUCUCUGCUUGUAAAUACAAUGCAUUACCAUCAUUUUAUUUUAAAGACUUGCUCUGAGCGCAAUGCUGCUAAUGGGACAGGACAGCCAGUGAGCUAUAGCGGGUGUUUCUGCGGACAAAUCACUUUCUGUCAGAAGUCGAUUGCACACCUUUUUGUUGAACUUAUUCCUUCUCAGAACGGUGUCCACUCAGUGUUUGUUAAAUGCGUCUCCUGUUCUUUUUAAGUCUAGGAACGCUUGGUUAGGCAGCUUGUUGUUACCGGUGCUUAAUGUAUGCAUAUAACUUUAAUUUAGGCUGCUGGCAGAACAAUAUGCUUAGCCAAUUCUGUGCAAAAAAAUUAUACUGCUUUAAGUUUUUUAUGCUUGUAACUUUCUUGCUUCUUGUUCUUUUGUGCCAAUAAGAUUGGUGAGGAGAUGUCGUGUUUAAUGAUGUAGCAUCACCAUAAUUGUUUUUGUUUGUUAUCACUGUAUAAAUUUGUGGCACUGAGUGCAUUUUUGCAUGUUUAACAACAUGUUUCAUCUGCACUCUUAUUUAUUUAAAACCAGAGUAUACUAUAUACACACCAUUUUCUUUUUAUUGAUGUGAUCUAUGACCUCUUGCUUUUGUUAUUCUCUUCACCCUAUUUCAUGAUUUUUCUCUCUUUGUCAUGUCAUUAGUUAAGCCAUCAGUAUUUUAUGUACUUAUGCCAUUCUGGCUACUUUUUAUUGAGUACCAUUCUUUCUGUGAACAUUGAUUGCUCUGAUGUCUGUGCAUCUACUUUCAUUCAUAUUCCAUUUAUUUUUCCGGCACUGUACAUCCCUUUUUGCAACAGGUUCCAUUACUUGUGUGCAAUGCAAAGCAUUGCCAUGUAUAAUGCGAGACUGCAUUUUUUGUUUUGUUUUGCUCAAAGUUUAUUUUGACUGAAACUUACAGACUGUCUGGCACAGCGCUAUGUAUUUUUGUUUUGCUAUGCAGCGCACAUUUUUAUUUCUCAGCUCUCUGUUGUGACAUGUUUUCGCAUUUAUUGCAUACUAGCAGUAAUAGUUAAUUUCCCAGUUGAUUAUUUUUUCUGCCACUUUUGCCCCAGGCAUACAUGCACUUUUGGCAGUCAUCUUCAGGUAGCAGUUAUGCCUGUUGGACGUGGAUUCCCAUAUCACACUUACAUAAGGUACACGGUUAAUGAUUUCAGUGAGUUACAUUGAAGACAUAUGCCCAUCUAACAGAGGGCAUACCUGAACUGCUUAGAAAAAAAAGGACGACAGUGUAUGAAUGGAUAUGGGAAUUACUAACUCAAUACCUCAAGCUUUCAAGAUUUGUGUUUUACAAAAUGCAGUUUUCUAGGUAAAAAUUCAGAACUCCAAGAGAAACUGACACAGUUAUUAAUAACACCAGUUGCAAAUACCAUCAGUAUGUAGAGCUAUUGGAUAACAUUGUGGUUAUUCUAAUUGACCUUUUCUUUUUUUUAGGUGUACUUUGGCCUUUUUUCUAGGCUACUACACCUUUUCAACAUUCCAUUAAUGGAAAAAGAAAAAAAGAAAAGUUGUGACAGGUAAUGUCUCUGGACAUCAGAAGUAAGGCAUAGUUAAACUACUAGUCUAAUAAGGUUUACAUCAGCUUGUACUGUGGUGUGACAAUUUCCUGCUUACUUAGAAAUGCAGCCUCACUUAAAAACAGCUUACUGCCUCCAAGUUUUUUUUGUGUUUUUUUUCUCCCCCUCCUCAUUCUAGUCCGCUCAUUUUGCCAACACAAUGCUCUGUGGCUGUGCCUCGUCAUUCGCAUGUUCCUGUGUUUUGCUCUUCGUCCUUCAGGCUUUUUUUUUUUUUUUUUUGUGAUUGCCAACAACAGUGUAUGGACUUUUUCAAGUUCAUAAUUCUGUUGCAUAUAUUGCUAGUGAUUGUAUAGCUGUUGAUAUAAGUGGUAGGCACAAGGUGCUUUCUUAUACUGAAAAAAAAAAAAGAAAAUAAAUGUUAUAUUAUUGAAACAAUGUU